GAACAAGACCCUGUGCAGAGCGGGCUGUUGACAGAUGCUGAGAGGGGUUCUGUGAUUGGCUCGUCGCGGUGGGUGUUUCCGCAUUCCGCUAAGCGCAGUCAGCUGGAGCUCGAGUUGAAGAGGGCACCGUUUAUCUGUGAGGACACCUCUUUCAGUCACUCCUGGGGGAAUACCGGAGCAAAGCUAGCGAGCGGGAUGCCGUACAUGUUCGUCAGCACACAGAUUCGACUGGAGAACGGUCCGACAAAUGUGGGGGAUGAAUUUUCGGAUCCAGUGGUCAUGAAUUACCUGGGAGCGAGGAAAACGACUAUGCUGGGGAACAAUUUUUCCGAGUAUCACGUGGAUGACCCGCCUCGCCUGGUGCUGGACAAGCUGGAGAAGAUUGGCUUCCGUGUGGUGUCCAUGACAGGUGUGGGACAGACACUGGUGUGGUGUCUUCACAAGGAGUUGGAGUGAUGGAUCACAAAGAUAGCGUACUGGGAGGGCGGGUACUUGUAUAAGCCUUUAAAGGGGUAAAUGAAUUCUGCAGAAUAUCCCUGCUUGUACUCUAUACACUCUACAUUUAAGAUAUUGGCAACUAUAAAGUAACGCCAUAGUCAAACAAAAGUAAAGUUGAGAUUAUCCCUUACAUAAAGUCUCAGAUUAGAUGAUAGGUCACCAGAUUCAGGGGAUUACUGAAACUACAGGGGUUUGCCUUUGUCAAUACUGUUUAGCACCGGUGAUACAGUGUAGUGACCAGAGUAGAUUUAUCCUGAACCAAGCCUCACUUUUUUCUAAUUAAAACACUAGAAACAUUUGUACAUGCAUCGCUGUGUAAAGACAAUUCUUCUUUAAAACACGUGUUUCUAACUUAAUGAUGUCAUUAUGUGGAUUGUGUACUUAUUAUUGAAAGUAAUCAGUUUAAACAGAAUUAAACAUAAUGUGUAAUCGUCUGAAAAUCUGUAAAACAGAUGCAUACAGGACAUCAAAAAUAAAACACGGUAAACAUUAUUGUUACUUGUCGUGGGCUGUUACAGCUCUGUGGAGCAUUACAGGGUCUCUACACGUUUGAAGAUGAGACUCUAGUGUCGCAGGAACACUGAGAGCACAAGUCUGGCUGCGAGAGCCAAAACACUCUGGGUGGUUUCAUUACAGCCUCGGGUCUGCCAACAAAUGUCUGGGGCCAGCCUGGAUCGCUAGCCCGCAAACCAGAAACGUUGCCAACUAGCUCACAGCCAAACUCUUACCAGACCUGCUGCCUCACACAUGACUUAGCAUCUACCUCCCUGCUAAAGAUCAAAAGGAGACGGUGCUUCCCAGUUCUGUUACCGCAGACAUUCCAGAUACUGUUUGGGUACACCGCAGUGACUGCUUCGACACAGACAAUGUCAGGAAAAUGGGAAGCAAUGAGAUACCGUGAGGAUUCCGUGCCGCUGCCAUAAUUGGUGAUAUGACAGAGCAACAGGCUCAUCCAUCCUGGUUUGCAUGCAGCACAAGCCACUGUGGGCUUGGGGCAGAGUUGGUGGCGAAUGCAUUUCCUGUGACUGUAUUUCCUUGUGUCAUUUGGACAGAGUUUGUGUGUUCCCCUUGUUUUGUUUUUUUUUCUUUUGUUCACAUCGCUGGGAUAUUGAAAGCAGCUAUGCGUAAACAAAACCAUGUGAUGAGGGGAUUUUGCAGGAGGAGAGGCGCAGAUGUCUCCCAACACACUGCUGUGCUCCACAGCUGGACAUUGUGUAACAGCCACGGUGAGGCGGUGCGGGAGUGGCGGGGAGAUGGAUGGCUAGAUUGGAUGUUUCGAAGCUGCACUGUGGCUCCUAAA